AUGAGACUACGGUUCAAAUAUCGGAAUGGAUUUGCGGAAAGCGGUCUAGUCAUCGGUAUUGUAUUAUCGUGCGUGAAGGAUGCAGCUGGUUUCGAGGUCGUACAGGUGGACGAUAUAUUCCCGAAUGGGAAGGCGUUGAGGGAGUCCAAAAAAGAGCUGGACAGCGGAGAGGAGAUCAAAGCGUUACUCGAGGCGAAAUACAAAUUUAGGAACGACGAGACCUCGACCAGGUAUCGGAUCACGGCGGACGAGAGAGAGGUCACGGAUACUUCAGGGUCCCAAGAGGAGCAGAAACUGGCGUGGGUGUUCCGCUCGUACGCGGCGCGCCGUAUCGUCGGCGGCAUGGAGACCAGCAUUAACAUGUACCCGUAUAACGUGGCGAUAUCCAGGAACGGGAAGCACUGGUGCGGUGGCUCCGUCAUCGACGAGCAGUGGAUCUUCACCGCCGGUCAUUGUCUGGAAUCAGCUCACGACGGUGACCCGAAGAAGUUGAUGCCUUACAUCGUCAGGGCGGGAAGCUCCUUCCACAACCGUGGUGGAUAUCAGUCGAGAAUCAAUAAGGUGUUUUUCCCGCCCAACUAUACCCCGGGCAACGCAGAUUACGACUUCUCGCUCGCACGUUUGGACAGGCCCAUGCCCAUCGGCAGGAACAUCGCCGUGUUGAACCUCCCUUCGAGGGAAUACGCCAUCAAGCCCGACGACAUACUCAUCGUGUCCGGAUGGGGCAGCACGGACCAAUCUGGGUACGGCAGCAUCCCGGACCGGUUGCGUUUCGUACCCGUGCCGGCGAUGAAGGCGGAGGACUGUCAGCGCGCGUACCGGUUCUACAUUACGCCGAGGAUGCUGUGCGCUGGUUACGCCACGGGCGGGAAGGACGCGUGCAAUCACGACUCCGGGGGUCCGGCCGUGCGCGACGGAGUGCUCCUGGGGAUCGUCUCCUUCGGCGGCAAGAAGUGCGGGGACCCCCAGUCGCCGGGGGUCUACAGCCGCGUCUCGGAGGCCACCGCGUGGGUGGAGGCGACGGUCACCGCCAACGAGGCGAGCACCGUUCCCGAGCUGCUGCCGAAGAUAUUCAAGGCGCGACAGCGGGAGAAGGAGCUUCAGAAAUCGGAACAGAACUUGCCGAGAUUAGCCAAUUCAAAAACGCAUACUCCUCGAGAUGAUAAUACUGGCAAGCUGAACUGGGGCAAACACGGAUUCAAAGCUCAAGUGGAGGACAAGAAGAUGAAAAUCAAGAAUUGGCUGCGAGAGACACUAAGCUCUCCGACUUUCUUGGAGCUCGCGAAGAAGAAGCUCAAAGAAGCCGGCUUCAAGAUUCGAAGGCGCUCUGAAAGACGAAGCGACAGCAUCCUGGGUCUAGACGAUAGUCUGAUAGACGAUAUCAACCUGUCCAACCAGAUCAGUGAGAGGAUAUUGGGUGACGGCGAGGUAAAUGAAGCAGAAGCACUUCUAAGAAUGAUGGCAGUCCAAGAAAUAGUGGCUGAACGGAAGGGGGACGAGGUUAUAUUCCGUAAUUUGAGCGACACAGAGGACGUCAACGCGUUAAUCGCUAUUAUUACG